AAAGCUUCCUUGCCCCAGGAGGAGGCUCAGCGCAGAGGGAGGAAGGACAGCAGAGCUGAGGCUUCAGGAGCAGCAGUGCUUGUGAGCGUUUCUGGAGCCCAGGCUCUUCUCUCGGAGGGAGGGACAGAGCAGGCAGCAGACACCAUGGAACUCCCAACAGCCCCUGCCGGCAAAGGGUGUGUCCCCUGGCAGGGGCUCCUGCUGGCUGUCUUACUCUCAACCUUCUGGAACCCACCCACCACUGCCCAACUCACUAUUGAAUCGAUGCCAACCAAUGUUGCUGAAGGGAAGGAUGUUAUUUUCCUUGUCCGUAAUCUGCCUGGGAAUCUUGCAGCCUAUGGCUGGUACAAAGGGGACAAAGUAGAUCACCAUCAACAAAUUGCAUCAUAUAAGAUAGGCCCAGUAGAAAUUACCCCAGGGCCUGUAUACAGUGGUCGAGAGACAAUAUACUCUAAUGGAUCCCUGCUGUUCCGGAAUGUCACCCAGGAGGACACAGGAUACUACACCCUACAAGUCAUAAAUACAAGUUAUCAAGGUGAAGUAGGAACUGGACAGCUCCGCGUAUACCCGGAGUUAAACAAACCCAACAUCACAUGCAACAACUCCAACCCCAUGGAGCACAAGGACCCUGUAGUGUUAACAUGUGAACCUGAGACUCAGGACACCACCUACCUGUGGUCGAUCAACAAUCAGAGCCUCCUGGACAGCACUUGGCUGGAGCUGUCCCUGGACAAGAGGACUCUCACUUUACUUCAUAUCACAAGAAAUGACACAGGACCCUAUGAGUGUGAAACCCGGAACCCAGUGAGUGCCCGUCGCAGUGACCCAUUCUACCUCAAUGUUCUCUAUGGCCCGGACACCCCCAUCAUUUCCCCCUCAGACUCCUAUUACCAUCCAGGGGCAAACCUCAGCCUCUCCUGCCACGCGGCCUCUAACCCACCCGCACAGUAUUCUUGGCUUAUCAAUGGGAGGCCCCAGCAAUCCACACAGGAGCUCUUUAUCCCCAACAUCAGUGCGAAUGAUAGUGGAUCCUAUGCCUGCCUCGUUCAUAACUCUGUCACUGGCCUCAAUAGGACCACAGUCAAGACUAUCACAGUCUCUGAGCCCGUGGCACAACCCUCCAUCCAAGCCAGCAACACCACAGUCACAGAACAUCAGGACCCUGUGGUCCUGACCUGCCUCACAAAUGACACUGGGAUCUCCAUCCAGUGGUUCUUUAAUAACCAGAGUCUACAGCUCACAGAGAGGAUGAAGCUGUCCCAGGACAACAGCACCCUCACCAUAGACCCCAUCAGGAGGGAGGAUGCGGGGGAUUAUCAGUGUGAGGUCUCCAACCUGGUCAGUGCCAGCAAAAGCGACCUCCUCAGACUGGAUGUGAAAUAUGAUCCAACACUAGGAAGUUCUGGACUCUCAGCUGGGGCUAUUGGUGGCAUCGUGAUUGGAGUGCUGGCCGGGGUCGCUCUGAUAGCAGCCCUGGUGUACUUUCUGUACAUCAGAAAGACUGGAGGGGCAAGUGUCCAGCAUGAUCUCACAGAGCACAAACCCUCAGCCUCCAACCACAGUCAGGGCCACUCUGACAAUUCUCCUAACAAGGUACUUUUCUAGGCCCCAGGAAUUCAACUAUGAGACAUGGAGUCCCUCCCUACAAGAUGCUUACAGUACAUUCACCAGGUGGUCUCAGGAGAGCAUGGUAAGUGCUACAAAAGGUGUGAGCGUGUGGUACCGCAGGAUCAUAAACUGGGGUUAGUGUGUUAGCGUAGGAUUACAGAAAAAGUAAGCUUUAAACCAAGGCCUGAAGGGUAACUAAAACUGACAGGAAAAUAAAGAGGCAUGAAGGGGUGUUCCAGGCAGAGUAAGAACAAAGUCCCCAACACUAUAGAGAGCAGGGACAUUUAAGGAAUUAAAGUAGUGUGGUGUGACUGUAGUAUAAAGUGUAAGAACUGGGGUGGGAUGAUGGGCAGGACUGGUACAGGUGAAACUGGAGAAGACUGAGGUGUUUUAAAUUUGUGACAUGACAAAAACUUGGGAGCCAUGCUGAAGAGACCAAAUGCAUCAUGGGAGCAAUACAGGAAGAUUAAAGGACUUUAAUAAUGGAAAAAGAUAUGAUCAGAAUUUUGUUUUCUAAGACAACUCUAGCUGCACUGUGGACCAUGAAUUAGAGGGGGCAUGGAAUUACACUGAAGGCAAGGAGGGGAUUCAAGGAGAAGACCAUUGCAGUGAUCUAGAGAAGGAAAUGGUGGUGGCUUGAAUCAGUAGUGUGAGUAAGGUUGGAAAAAGGAGUGGACAGGUUAGAGAGAUAUUUAGGAGGCAGCAUUGUGAAGCCUCAGUGACUGACUAGAUGAUGGAACGACAAAGGGAGGACUCAAGAACGUGGCCAGGUUUCUGGCAGAGAUCACUGUGGGUACCAGCCACUAAAAAUAUAUCUAUAUUUUUAAAGAAUCAGGUUUGGAGGUAAGAUAAGUUCAGUUUGGGACAUGUUGCAUAUUCAAAGGCAGAUAUCCAAUAGACAGUUAAUAUAUACAACUCAAGAGAGAGUGAUUACAAAUGAAGCCACAAAGGGCCCGGUGAAUAUACAUAGGAAGAGAAGAGGGCACAGGACAGAACUCUUAAGACCACUGACACUUAUGGGAUGUGCAGAUCAGAGGAGGUGGCCAAACUGAAAAGGAACGGCCAGACUGGUGGGAAGCCACAGAGUGAGGGCCAUGGCAACAGUUCCAGAAUGAACAGUGGUCAACAGUAGGGAGUGCCUGUGACAUCAGGUAAAACAAAGGUGAGAAGGGUUUAUCAUACUUGGGGACAAUGUCACCAUCAGAGACCUUGGUUACAGAAGUUUUGAUUGUAUGAUGACAGGAGGAAAAAAUCAACUCCUCAGUGCUGAGGAGUAGAUGGGAGAUAAGUACAUCGAGAUAGUGACUGAAAACAACUCUUUUAAGAAAUUUGUCUAUAAAAAGGAAGAAAGUGAUAGAGUGGAAGUCAGAGCAUGAGAAAUAGGGUUCAAAGGAGAAUUUUUAAAAUAUAAAAAAGAUCUAAAUAUAUUUAAAUAUUAAAAUAGAUGCAGGGAGUUUGUAGUUUUCUUUUAUAAUCAUGAUCUUUCCCCUAAAUUCGCCCCUCCUUCCCACAGGAAACGUGGAAGGAAGAUCUAUCCUAUCAUAUGCUAGGUGCUAAGUACUUUAAGCCAGAGCAACUUCACUGCAGACUUGACUUACCAACAUCUUCUCAAACAGGAAGCCUCUAAUAUCUCAUUAAAAUCUGCUCUCAUACCCAGUCUUUUCUCCAUUUAUGGCCACACAUGACAUAAAACUACUGAUUUUCUCAUCAUCUUUAAAAUAGUCUCUAUUCUUCUAAAAUGGGCCCUUUAAAACCAUAAGUAUUUGCUAACUUACAAAGAUUCAAUGGAGACAUGCAAAUGGUUGCCCUCUUUCUCUCUUCUUGUAUCAGCAGUAGAAUCUCCAUUGCUACCUCAGCGGGAGUGCUUAUUUGAUGUUGUUUUUAGAGGAGCUGUGGUUUCAGAGGUGGAAAGGGGAAGAAUGCGUCAAGGCAGUAAGUGCAUAGGAGGUGCUGACCCUAAGACUGACCCCAGGAAGGUGAUCCUGCCUGCCCAUUGGGCAAUUACUCAGAGAUAGCACCCUCACUCUGCCUAAAAUUCUCACCCCACUUUAUUAAACUACUUGAUAUUUCAUCCAAGUCAUUUGGCAAAUGAUUCUGAGAAGGUUA